AUGUGUGAGCAGGCAGCGCGCUACUGUAGGGACGGAGUCCACAAACUGCUCAACAAAGAACAAGCCAAACUUCGAGCCCAGGAAAGCCGCGAGCAGCCGAAACCCGUAGCCUGUCAGGACAGCGAGUCCGCAACGGCAGCGCAGUCCGGAAACAGCGGCGCCCAGCCCGGUGGAAUCGACGGGCUCGUCCGCUGGAUCGUCACCAAAAUGAGCGACAACAAGAACAUCUCCAGCCGGGAGUACGCCUCCAGCAAGGAGGAGGUGGCCGUGGCUCAGGAGCAGUUCUUUGCCCCGGAACCACGGAGAGGCAUCUCCGUUAUCUUGGAUAUAUUCAGAAGAGCUGACAAAGAUGAUGAUGGUAAGCUGUCUCUGGAUGAGUUCCAGGCUUUCUUCUCUGAUGGCACACUGAAUGAGGAGGAGCUGGAGAAGCUCUUUCAUACCAUCGACUCUGAUAACACCAGUAAUGUUGAUACAAAGGAACUCUGCGACUACUUUGCUAAGCACAUGGGAGACUAUGAGGGAGUGCUGGCUUCACUGGAGACACUCAACCUUUCCAUCCUCAAAGCCAUGGACUUCACCAAAAAGGUAUAUGAGAGAGGAACCAAUGUGGAGCAGUUUGUGACCCGUUUUCUGUUGAAGGAAUCAGCCAAUCAGAUCCAGUCGCUCUUGAACUCCGUGGAGAGUGCCGUGGAUGCCAUUGAUGAGCAGCACAGCCAAUCAGGUCAUCUACCUGCCAAGGUGAGUCCACGGGUGUCAGAGAAGCGCAACGAAAACUCUGUCCCCGACUACCCUCCUAACAACAGAGUCAGUGCCAGGGAGGCCGUCAGGACCAUCAACACUGCCUCAGGUGCAAUAGAGGUGAGAAAAGAAGGUCUGGAGGCUCAGAUCAACCGCCUGGCUGAACUAAUCGGACGACUGGAGAAUAAGACGGUCUGGUUUGAUCUGCACCAGAGGCUAACAGACACAGAUGGCACUGCCAGCGCAUCCUUGUUGCUGAUUCGCCAGGAGAUGGUAGUUUCCCAGAAGAAGCUUGGCGAUUUUUGUGAGGCUCUGAAGCAGUACUUGAAGAAUGUCUCCACUCAGAGGGACUGCUUUCAUGUGACUGCAGUGCGUCUGCCAGAUGGUUUAUCCUUUGUCGUGUAUGAGUUCUGGGAUGGAGAGGAGGAGUGGAAAAGGCACCUCCAGUCGGCCCCCAACAAAGCCUUUCAGCAUGUGAAGGUGGACACACUGUGCCAGCCAGAGGCCGUGUCCUCUGUAGCCGUGCCAGCCGCCUGGUGCAGCGUGAACCGGGACUGAGCAUGAAGAUAUUCAACAACACGCCAAGACUCCUGGACACUUCCCUUUUCCUCUUUGAUCCCUCUUUUCCCCUGCAAUUCUACCACCCUCACACCCAAACCACCCCAUCCCUCCUUUAGCCCUCACAUUCCUUAACUCUUUUUGUAAGUACAUGUUUACACAGUGCAAAUGAAUGGUGUCAACUGCAGUGAAAAUUAAACAAACAGUGCUUUUUACACCGUGAGGUUACUAAAAUGUAAUCUCACCAUAGUAGUUUGCGGGAUUAAGGAAUUGGAUUAUGUCAUGCUCAUGUUUCAAGUAGCUUUGAGCCACUGUACAGUGGAUUUUGUCAUGUAGCAAGGACCCUGACGUUGAGUUUUUAUGUAGCAGUUACUGUUUUUGGGUAGUGCUUUUGAGAAUGCUGCAUUUUCCCCUCUCUUUUUUUAGAUUAGAAUUUACGACAGGUAGCUCAUCCUAUAAUCAUCUGGUACUUCAUUGUAGCUGAUUGUUUCACAUUUGCAUCCAGAUGAAGUGUUCUACAUUAUUUUGGUUUGUUUAUUUUUUGGACAUUAUUCUCACAUCAGCCAUGAAAACCUCACAUAACAUGAUGAUAAGGUUUGUAGACCUAUACCUUGUUGCCAGAUAAGCUUGCAAUCUCAGGAAAAUUGAAUGCUUGAAUGGCAUCUAGCCGAUGGUCAGACAUACUUUCCCUGUACCUAAUUUACUGUCCCUAAAUACUUCAUUCAGCAGUAAAAAUAAAUAAAUAAAUAAGAGGGCUUAUAGCAGCCGUCUUAAAGGUCAGAAGGGCUCUGAGUAAUAGCAAGGGUGCAGAUAUCUAAUAUAGUCCAAAUACUUUCAAAAGCAAAACAGCAACUACUUUGAAAUGUAAAUGGCAUUGGGAGUAGACUAUGGUGAUUUGUCUACUAUAACAGUAUCUACCAGUGAAAGCGAGGAGGAGUUUCUAUCAGGUAUUUCAUCAGUAUCUCACUACAGUCACAGUCGUCUCUAUCUUAGAACAAGGGUUAUGGCAGUAACUUGGGUUGUUAAAUGUAAAGAAGCAUUUUAACCAGUCCUUGAAUGUAAGAAUACACCUUUAAAGUAUCAUUUUGGAGGAAAAAUUGAAGUUUUUUCUAAGAUAUUCACACUUAAUAUUUUACCUCAAAAACAAGCCUUUACUGUCCAGUUUCUACAUGAGAUCCAUUUUUUUUUUUUUUUUUUGGUGUGGGACAUUUCUUGAGUUUCCUCACAACAAUGUGCAAUGGCUGCUGUGGGAGUAAUGUCUAUGAUGCUACGGAAGCUUACUUAUCAUGAGAAAACAAGUUUUUGAUUCACAGACAUGUAGUGUUUUAGGGAUUAUCUUCUAUCACAAACCUUUUAUGUCAUGAACACAUUGGGGUCAAAAGUUAAAUCUCCACUUAGUGAUAUCAGGUCAAUAAGAGCUGAGAUAAAGUGAUCAUGUUGCUGUCAAGGGAUCAUAAGUGACUUAGAAAACAGUCUGCUGCUACUUUGAGACAGAUGAGACAAAGUAGAGAGAUAAAGACAGCACCUCACUGUUCUCCAUGCAGCUAAAGUUUGUUAUAUUUCCGCCUUCAGUACUUGUAUUCUUUGUCUGAUUUGGCAUUGGGUAGCCUAUAUUAGCUGUGUAAGUCUAGAAGAGAUUGUAUAUAUAAGAAUGUUGUUCUGUUAUGAAUAUAUUUGUAUUUAUUGACAUCUUUAGUGCUAUGGUGCAAUUUUUCCUCUGUGGAAGUGGCAGUAGCUAACUAGGCAUUGCAGCUUCUCUUACCAGUUUAUUUGAAUCAGAAUACCAUCAGAGACUUUAGCUAGAAACCCAUCUUAAUGACACUGAAUAUGAAGCCUUAAACAUCACCAUGUGGAAGAGGAGGUUUUAAGGAGUUUUCAAAAGAUUACUUUCUUCCAUGAAUGUGUUCUUAACUCCCAGUAAGCAGGGAAACCUCUGAGCUUUAGAUUAUGCAACGCCACUUCUGAGUUGCAUUUUUAAUGACACAAAGACAGUUUCACUAUUGCAUUUUUGGUUAUCAGCACAUCACUAGAAAAAAACCUUGGCUUUAUAAAAGUACUUUAAAUAACCUGGUACUGUUAGCUCAGCACCAUCAAUAGGACCAACCCUUAGGUUUCACUGCAUGCCUGAGCUGUGUAAAUGCCUAGAGCCUAAUGCUUUUCAUGUUGAUGUGCAUGUUAACAGGCUAGAGUAUCCACACAGUGUGAGCUGCACAGCUUUGCUUUAUCCUACACUGCUGCAGCAGCAAAACUAGAGAAUAAGAGGCUAUGCUUGAGUCUUUGCAAAAUUUUAAGUGAAAUCAAUAUAUGGAUGGUCAUAGUGACAUGAUACCAGCAAUACUACACCUUUCACUACAUCUCAAAAAGUCUUAUAGUACAAAACAUUUCAUUGUUGCAAAAAAGGCAAACCCAACAUAAAGGUAUAGUGCUGGUAGCAGUUGCAUGGUGUCUCUUUAAACACAAGGACAGUGUGGAUGAUAGUGCAGGCAGACAAACACUGUUCAGGCGUGCAGUGUGUCCCAGGUGUAAUACAAACAUAUCAUGUAUACUGUCACUAUUCAAACCAACAAUUUGAUACAUUGAUAUGUACACCUGUAACAGAGCAAGAGUAUGUUACAGAGAAAAACAGUAGUGUCAAAUGCUAGGUGGGUCUGAUCAGCUUGGCUUGGUCCUUUAAAAAGUCUGAGAUUAGACUAAAUCUGGAAAAUGUGGCAUCAAUCUCAGUGAAAACUGUUUUUUUUAUACUCAUAACAUAUGACCAUAAUUUAAGUUAGGGAAAUAUGAGGAAGGGGUAGGAGUACAGUCAAGGCUAGGACUGGCCUGGAUACAGUGACCAUGGUUUCUGUUCACAAUCCAAAUACAAUGAAGUCUACUGAAACCUCUAAAGUUGAUGCACCAAUGCAUCACAUGUUACGAAGUGUCCACAGUGACCUCCUUCUUCAAUCCAUCUUUUUGCUAUAAUCGACUAUUCCUUGUUCUCAGCAGAUUAAUCUGAAAGUGAUUAGACUCACUUCUCUUUCUACCCUGUUCUUUCUUUAGAUUUGUUGCAAAUGUAAACUGAAUUCUCCUGUGCUCAAACAUCCCCCAGAUGCCCCAUGAAACUUUCCCACCACUCACUCUAGUAUAAACCCACCACUGUCAAACAAUCAGACUCUCACUUUGAAAGCACAAUGUAAAAAUGAGUGACUAUUGUGACUUAAGGGUACAGUUCAUAGAGGGUUACUGAGUAUGAUGAGAGUAUUAAUAGAUUUAUAGCAUUACUGUUUACCUGGUUUAUUCCUUCUUUAUUGCUCCAUUCUUUCAAAGGUGCCAUCUUUGCCAUCCAUCUCACUCUUAAGUCUUUUUUUCUCGAUUUUCCUCAAUGAAUGAAAGCCAGUCAAGUCAUUUGCCAGUACUGUGGUAACAGUGAGUGGGGAUCUAGCUACACUGAUACCUAUAUUAAUCUACACCGUUACCCUCUUUUGGAGUGCUGGGUUGCAUUGAGCUGGGCAGAACUGUGUGGAAUGUGGACAUGUUGAAUAUUAAAUAUAUUAAGAAUAUGUAUUACAGUAGGCGUAUAGAACAGGCAUGCAAAGGCAUUGCUAUUUUAUCUGUGAAAUGUCUCCCAUAAUUUCUGAGUGUUGAAGAUGCCCUGUGGAGCAGUGAUAUGGAGCAGUGAUAUGGAGCAAGGUGUUCACAAGUGGGCUCCUGCUUUGUUUGUGCAAUGUUGGUGAUCGGACCAUCAUCUUUGAUAGUUCCACUGCAUUAUUCUGCAUUUUGAAAAAGCAGAAGCUAGCAAGUGAACUAAACUGUAAACAUUACAGGGAAAAAUACAGAGAAAAGUAAGUGUUUCACAAUGAAAGAAGGGUAUAUAACACAUCAUAGUUGCACUUUUCCUCUAUCUAGCUCAGCUGCAAACCAAGGUGGGGCUGAUUCCUGUUUCAAAGGAUGAAGAAGGAAGUGCCCAGUGCAUAUGUUCCAUGGGAGAAAAUAAUAUUAUGACCUGUGACAGAGUCUGACCUCCUUUAGUAUAUAACAAAUGUUAUUAUAGUACUUGAAAAAAUAGGCACACUUUGGAUGACAUGACAAAAAUCAGUGCAUACAAUACAUUACAGUAAUCCCAACCAAUCAGGAGAUGUACAGUCCUGGAACAGUCACAUUAUAUAAUGUCUUUUGUAAUUCUGAAUCAUGUCUUCUGUUUCCAUUGGCAGAAAUCCAUAGUUUAACAUUAUAUCUUAUGGGAUGUAGUUUGUGUCUUUAUCUUUUCUUGAUUACUUUACUUUAUUAUUUAUUAGCUUAUGUCCUCCAUUCAGUGGUGAGUGUUGUCUUCAACCAUACAACAGAGAUCUUAGCUCUCUAUCUUUGCAGGAUUGGCUUGGCACCCUACAGCGCUUAGUUUCGGACUCCUUUAAAAAAAAAAAAACCUCCAUGACUUUGGCUCUGAAAUGGUUUAUGAUUUGAAGUAUAUUUCGUGGACUUUUCUAUGCCUCAGGACAGACAACAAUUUCAUACAAUGCCCGUAUUGUUCAUUGCUGAGGUUUUGUGUUGUCCAAAACUGUCAUUGUACAAAAACAUCACCAUAGUUCAUGGCCAUCCUGACUUCAUUUUGUUCCAGCUUUAAAAUUCCUUUUCCUUAAAAGCGCAGCUAGGCUAAUAACAAUGCAACAGUGGGAAAAAAUGCAGAUUGCUUACAUGAAAGCUCCACAAGGCACCUUUAACUCCCAAAAAAAUCCUCUGUGCACUCCUGUGCCAGUACAAACUUGAAGAGGGAGCUGCUGUAUCUGAAUAGAAACAUAAAGCCAUAUUGCAUGGAUUGAUAUUUACAUGUUGGUAACAUACUUCUAUACCGAUAGCCAUAGUUUUACAAUACUCUAGUGCCCAGCUGAAUGCAGCGCAUGCGAUCUAACUGAUGGUUUUCUUUCCUGUACAUUGUGCCCAGCCUGGUUGGGUUGUGUAAAUGAUUUAGAUAGUGAGUUUCAGAAAUGCCAGUACUGUUUCCUAUUGAUACAUUCCUGAAUGUCCCUCAGACUGUGCAACCUGUUCUUUUCUAUCCUCCUUCUCCUCAGUGCAACCUGUGCUUUGUCAUACAAUGAAAGAGUUAUGCCAUUUAAUUGUGGUGCAGCAGGCUUUGAUUAAAAAGACCGUAGAUGUGAAAACCAGGCCUUCUGCAGGCAGCCUCAGUAGUCUUGGCUGCAUGGAAGCUGGUGGACAGGAUGGGUGUCACCAGGUUAACCUUGACAAGCUUAAUAACAGGCCAAUCAGGUAAUGGUAAAAGUGAACAAGGCAAUAACUCUUCCUUUCUAUGGCUGUAUUCUUUUCUAUCCUUCAACUGAGUGCAUGUCAACUGAAUGUCCAGUAACUUCUUUGCUGUAGUAUUAGGCCAUGCUACUCUUCAAUGGGUUUUGUGCAUUUCUUACCUUCUUUCUUUUCUAGUAUUCCUAUGAAGGAUAAAGAGACAAAAAUCUAUUAUAUUAAAAUAUAUAUGACUAGAAAUGGCAUUGAAGAAUGAACAUUCACUUUUAUGGCAAUGUUUAAUGAAAUAUUAAUUCUUAAUGUAUGUUUCAGUAAAAAUGCUUUCUCUUCUUAAGUGUAGAGACUUAUUGCAGGGAUGCAAGUAUUAUAUUUGGUCUUUAAAGAAUAUAUUGUUGAAAUUCUAGAUGAUGAUGUAGAGUGAUAAAAUUCAAUAAAAGUAUAAAACUGC